UCUACAAAACUCGACAACAAAUAAAAUUCGUCAUUAAAUUGUUCAAAGAAGCUGCGACUGCGCUGAUGUAUAUGCCACUGCUUCUGUUCGAGCCACUAUUGACUGUUUUGUCAGUGACUAUCGCUACCCUCCUUUGUGUUUACUUUAUGCUCGUAAUUGACUCAGCUGGAUUUUAUAACAAGGAACUUGACCUCUUCGAGAAGAACUGGGUGAUGAAGUUCACAUAUUGCCUAAAUUAUUUCGUUUUCUUUUGGUUCGUUCAGUUUAUCGUUGGGUGUCAACAUUUCGUUAUAGCUGGAACUGUAUCGCAAUGGUACUUCACACGCAACAAAUCGAAAGUACGGUCACCGAUUUGCAACUCUUUCUACAACUUGAUUUUCUUCCAUUUGGGAACCAUUUGCUUGGGAUCAUUGAUGCUGACUAUAAUAAAACUAAUUCGUAUGGUCAUGCGCAGAGUAAAGGCAAGAAAAGUUUAUAUAAAUUGUCAAGAAUCCGAUAACAUUGUAUUGAUUGCCUUAAGCUAUGUUUACGAAUUCAUGAUGAGUCUCUUAGAAGGUAUCAUCAGCUUCUUGAACAACAACGCUUACAUUGUGACAGCGAUUGACGGAUUGCCACUGUUGCUGGCUGGAAAACGGGCCGUUCAUUUAAUCUUCAACAACUUCGGCGAACAUAUGGCUAGUCAAACUGUAGGAGAUCUCGUCAUUGGCUCAUGCAAAUUAUUCAUAUUUUUGCCAUCCUUCUUAGUCGGCAUCGAAAUGAUAUCGUCCGGCCUGUCAUUGAUCGUUGUUUUACUUUUGGCCAUACUUGUCUCUCACGUUAUGAUGUCAACGUUUGAGACUACUGUCGACACGUUGUUCAUCUGUUACAGCAUUGAUUCCGAGGAAAAUGAUGGCGAGGAGCGACCAUAUUUUAUGUCUGAAAACUUGAUCAUUGCAAUGGUCGAAACCAAGCAUUUGGAACCUCCGAAAACACCAAUAGAGCCCCAACAAGUUUAAAUUUAAGAAAACUUUAACAUUAUUGACAAUAAAUCGAAACCUUCCUACCUAAU